AAAAACCCAACCUUUUUGCAUUUUUGGACAUUUCAAAAGAAUAAUAAACAAAUUGAAACACACUCAUACAACACACUCACAGAGUGCAUUUCCAUUUGCUGGAAGGCUUCUGUGCGCCCCACCCACAGCACGCUUUCACCUUAAUUACAUUAUUAUAAGCAUAUAUAUAUCACCACAAACACUCUUCAGACUCCACAUGGUUUAUGGUCCAAGGGCUUUUAGCAUUCUCAAAAAUCCCAUUUUGAGGUCUUGAAUUUUUAUUUUUUUUUGUUUUCUGGUCACGAAAUGGCAAUAAUGGGUUUAGCCAUUUUCCUUGUUUUCUUGAGGUGUUUGAUUUUAAUGGGGGCUUCUCCGUUGCCUCACAUUGACGAAAUCACUCAGCUGCCUGGCCAACCAAAUGUGAAUUUCCACCAAUUUUCUGGUUAUGUUGCUGUGGGUGAAAAGAAUGAAAGAUCACUUUUUUAUUACUUUGUCGAGGCAGAAAUUGAUCCAACUUCAAAACCCGUGGUCUUGUGGUUAAAUGGAGGGCCCGGUUGCUCAUCUAUUGGGGUUGGUGCAUUUUCUGAGAAUGGACCUUUUAGGCCAAAUGCAAAGGUUUUGCUUACGAAUGAGUAUAGCUGGAACAGAGCCAAAGACAAUCUUGUGUUCUUGCAACGCUGGUUCCUCAAAUUUCCUCAGUUUAGGAACAACACUUUAUUUAUAACUGGUGAAAGUUAUGCAGGUCAUUACGUACCUCAACUAGCAGAGCUUAUAAUUCAACUCAACCAAAAGAGACCUUCAAUCAAUCUCAAGGGAAUUGCUCUAGGAAAUCCAUUACUCGAGUUCGCCUCAGACUACAAUUCGAGGGCAGAGUAUUUUUGGUCUCAUGGGCUAAUUUCAGACAUGACAUACAAAUUGUUCACUUCCGGUUGCAAUUAUUCGAGAUACGUGAGUGAAUACUACAGAGAUUCGGUCUCACUUGUUUGUUCUAAGGUCAUGAGCCUUGUUAACAGAGAAAGUAGUAGAUUUGUGGACAAAUAUGAUGUCACCUUAGAUGUCUGUAUACCAUCUGUUCUGUCACAAUCCAAACUCAUUGCUCCUCAGCAAGAUGCCGAAAGGAUUGAUGUGUGUGUUGAGGAUGAGACUAUAAAUUACUUGAAUCGAGAGGAUGUGCAAAAGGCUAUGCAUGCGAAGCUCGUUGGAGUACGCAGAUGGGAUGUUUGUAGCAACAUAUUGGACUACGACAUGCUCGACUUAGAGAAACCCACAAUUCAAAUUGUGGGAUCACUUAUCAAACAAGGAAUUCCAGUCUUAAUAUACAGCGGUGAUCAAGAUUCUGUUAUCCCAUUGACCGGAACUCGCUCAUUGGUCCGUAGACUGGCAAAGCAACUUGGACUUAACACAACUGUACCAUAUCGAGUUUGGUUCGAGGGGCAGCAGGUUGGUGGAUGGACUCAAGUGUAUGGAGAUGCUCUGUCAUUUGCUACAAUAAGAGGCGCUUCUCAUGAGGCUCCUUUCUCACAGCCACAGAGAUCAUUUGUGCUCUUCAAGUCAUUUCUUGAUGGCCGGCCUUUGCCGCAGGAGUUUUAAUGCCUUUGUUUUUCCUUUUUAGUAAAUAGGUGAAGCUUGUGAAUAAUGUGGAGCAUUUUUGGGAAAUAUAUCAUUUAAUGGAGUGGAAUAUCAAAAGAGAAAGAAGAAAAAGUUUUAUAUGUUUGUGUUUUUUUUCUUUUAAUUCUUUUCUUGUUCUUUUGUUUGACUGUAUGAAAAGUUUAUGUACUUGCUAGGUUUAUGUAACGAGGUUAAGGUUUUUCUUUUAGUUAAUUUUUGGAGUGAUUGACUUUAUUUGAUAAUGUAUAUUCAGGCGAAACAGAUGUCUGCACACGGAACUUUUG